GUUACGGGACUGGGGCUGCUCGCAUGGCUGAAACCCUGCCCGGAACGGGGCAGGCCGGGCACUCAGGACCCGGGGUAACUCAGCCCGUGUCUGCUCUCCCGCAGAAUGCACCGUGCGUCCUCUUCGCCGCCCGUCACGCCAGCGCUGCCACGAACCUGAAAGACGUCCUUGCAAACAUGAUCCCCAAGGAGCAAGCGAAAAUCAAGAACUUCAGGCAGCAGCACGGCAGCACGGCCAUUGGGCAGAUCACGGUGGACAUGGUGUACGGCGGGAUGAGGGGCAUGAAGGGGCUGAUAUACGAGACCUCCGUGUUGGAUCCUGAUGAGGGCAUCCGCUUCCGCGGGUACAGCAUCCCCGAGUGCCAGAAGCUGCUGCCCAAAGCGGCGGGGGGCGAGGAGCCGCUGCCCGAGGGGCUCUUCUGGCUGCUGGUGACGGGAGAGGUGCCCACCCAGGAGCAGGUGAGCUGGGUGUCCCGCGAGUGGGCCAAGCGUGCCGCGCUGCCCUCCCACGUGGUGACCAUGCUGGACAACUUCCCCACCAACCUGCACCCCAUGUCCCAGCUCAGCGCCGCCAUCACUGCCCUCAACAGCGAGAGCAAGUUUGCUCGCGCCUACGCCGAGGGCAUCAACCGGGUCAAGUACUGGGAGUUCGUCUACGAGGAUGCCAUGGACCUGAUCGCCAAGCUGCCUUGCGUCGCCGCGAAGAUUUACCGCAAUCUGUACCGUGAGGGCAGCAGCAUCGGGGCCAUCGACCCCAACCUUGACUGGUCCCACAACUUCACCAACAUGCUGGGCUACACCGACCCCCAGUUCAUCGAGCUGAUGCGGCUCUACCUCACCAUCCACAGCGACCACGAAGGGGGAAACGUGAGCGCCCACACCAGCCACCUGGUCGGCAGCGCGCUCUCGGACCCGUACCUCGCCUUCGCCGCCGCCAUGAACGGGCUGGCCGGGCCCCUGCACGGCCUCGCCAACCAGGAGGUGCUGCUGUGGCUCACCGACCUGCAGAAGGAGCUGGGCCAGGAGGUGUCGGACGAGAAGCUGCGGGACUUCAUCUGGAACACGCUCAACUCGGGCAGGGUGGUGCCGGGCUACGGGCACGCCGUGCUGCGGAAGACGGAUCCCCGCUACACCUGCCAGCGGGAGUUCGCCCUCAAGCACCUGCCCAAGGACCCCAUGUUCAAGCUGGUGGCCCAGCUCUAUAAGAUCGUCCCCAACGUGCUGCUGGAGCAGGGCAAGGCCAAGAACCCCUGGCCCAACGUGGACGCUCACAGCGGGGUCCUGCUGCAGUACUACGGCAUGAAGGAGAUGAAGUACUACACGGUGCUCUUCGGGGUCUCCCGCGCCCUGGGCGUCCUCUCGCAGCUCAUCUGGAGCCGGGCGCUGGGCUUCCCCCUGGAGCGGCCCAAGUCCAUGAGCACCAAGGGCCUGAUGCAGCUCGUGGGCUACAAGUCUGGGUAAAGAAGGGACGGGGACAGGGCCGCGCUCGCUGCUCCCCCGGGACGCCUCCGGGCCCGGGACGGACUCGGCACUGAACCCUGCUCCACCUGCGAGGCGCCAGAGGCGGCCCCGGGGGUCCCACCUGCCCUGUGCCCCCUCCCUACCCUGGCGCAGGGCCCCCCCCCCUCCGGGCCCGGACCCCCCCAGCCUCCCGGCUGCCGCCCCUCGUUGGCUCUGCCCUGGGCCAGCGCCACGCACACGGAGCCCCCGGGCUCCCCGCUGCUGGGGGGGCCGGCGCUGCAGGGCUGUGGGGCUGCCCCACCGCAGCCAUUUAACCCCCCCCACACACACACCCCGUGCCCCCCGAGAGGGGUUCAGUCCAGACUCCUGUCCGCAACCCCCACUGGGGCUCACGCCCUCGGGGCAGCUGGUGAAGAACGAAUGUCUCAGCCCCCCCUUUUCUCCCAAAGGCCUCGAUACACUCCUCCCCGGCCCGUGCCCCCCCCGUGUUUGUGUGAAUCCCCGCGUCCGAUGCCCCCGGAGCCGGAGCUGGGCCCCCCCCCCGCCCCCUCCCCGUGCCGGCCCAGCCCCGGCCCAUCGCAGGCUUUGGGCGGUUCUGUACAAACAACAAAAAAAUGCAAAAUAAAUGUUUUUAUUAACAAAG